GGCGUUAGCUCCGGCUCGGAGCCCGCGAAGAGGACGAGGAGGAAGGCGCCGCCGUGGCCGCGGUUGCAGUGCCCCGGACGCAACAAGCCAUGAGCAGCGGCCCUGGGGGCGACCCUGCUGUCGCUGGCAGCUUCUGAGCCGGAUCGGGAGACAGAUCUUGGUUCCCCAGCACCUUCCGCAGCCAGCACCCUCGCGUCUAGAGAAACAUGAUUCCGGUGACAGAAUUUCGGCAGUUCUCUGAGCAGCAGCCUGCCUUCCGGGUGCUGAAACCAUGGUGGGAUGUGUUUACCGACUACCUUUCGGUGGCCAUGCUAAUGAUCGGUGUGUUCGGAUGUACUUUACAGGUCAUGCAAGACAAGAUAAUUUGCCUUCCGAAGAGAGUUCAACCUUCUCAGAACCACUCGUCCGUUUCGAAUGCCUCUCAAGCAGUUGCCGGAACCACCCCACUGCCUCCACCUAAACCAUCCCCGACUAACCCCGCCACCGUGGAAAUGAAAGGACUAAAGACAGAUCUGGACCUUCAGCAGUACAGUUUUAUAAACCAGAUGUGUUAUGAGCGAGCCCUCCACUGGUAUGCCAAGUAUUUCCCUUACCUUGUCCUUAUCCAUACCCUGGUCUUCAUGCUCUGCAGCAACUUUUGGUUCAAGUUCCCUGGCUCCAGCUCCAAAAUAGAACAUUUCAUCUCUAUCCUGGGGAAGUGUUUUGACUCUCCUUGGACCACACGUGCUUUAUCAGAAGUGUCCGGGGAGGACUCAGAAGAGAAGGACAACAGGAAGAACAACAUGAGCAGGUCCAACACCAUUCAGUCUGGCCCAGAAGGCAGCCUGGUCAACUCUCAGUCGUUAAAAUCGAUUCCUGAGAAGUUUGUGGUUGACAAAUCCACUGCAGGGGCUCUGGAUAAGAAGGAAGGGGAGCAAGCAAAGGCCUUAUUUGAGAAGGUGAAGAAGUUCAGGCUGCAUGUCGAAGAAGGUGAUAUAUUAUAUGCUAUGUAUGUUCGCCAGACUGUACUUAAGGUUAUAAAAUUCCUAAUCAUCAUUGCGUAUAAUAGUGCCCUGGUUUCCAGAGUUCAAUUUACAGUGGACUGUAACGUUGACAUUCAGGACAUGACCGGAUAUAAAAACUUCUCAUGCAAUCAUACCAUGGCACACUUGUUCUCCAAACUCUCCUUUUGCUACCUGUGCUUUGUAAGUAUCUACGGGUUGACGUGCCUUUACACCUUAUACUGGCUGUUCUACCGUUCUCUAAGGGAGUACUCUUUUGAGUAUGUCCGGCAGGAGACUGGAAUUGAUGAUAUUCCGGAUGUGAAAAAUGACUUUGCUUUUAUGCUCCAUAUGAUAGAUCAGUACGACCCUUUGUAUUCCAAGAGAUUUGCAGUGUUCUUGUCUGAAGUGAGUGAAAACAAAUUAAAGCAGCUGAACUUAAAUAAUGAGUGGACUCCCGAUAAACUGAGGCAGAAGCUACAGACAAAUGCCCAUAACCGGCUGGAGUUGCCUCUUAUCAUGCUCUCUGGCCUUCCAGACACUGUUUUUGAAAUCACCGAGUUGCAGUCUCUCAAACUUGAGAUCAUUAAGAAUGUAAUGAUACCAGCCACCAUCGCGCAGCUAGACAAUCUCCAAGAGCUCUCUCUACACCAGUGCUCGGUCAAAAUCCACAGCGCGGCACUCUCUUUCCUGAAGGAAAACCUCAAAGUCUUGAGCGUCAAGUUUGAUGAUAUGAGGGAGCUGCCUCUCUGGAUGUAUGGACUCCGGAAUCUGGAAGAGCUCUACCUGGUUGGCUCUCUAAGCCACGAUAUUUCCAGAAAUGUCACCCUUGAGUCUCUGCGUGAUCUCAAAAGCCUUAAAAUUCUCUCUAUCAAAAGCAACGUUUCCAAAAUUCCUCAGGCAGUGGUCGAUGUCUCCAGCCAUCUCCAGAAGAUGUGCAUACAUAAUGAUGGCACCAAGCUGGUGAUGCUCAACAAUCUGAAGAAGAUGACCAAUCUGACAGAGCUGGAACUGGUCCACUGUGACCUAGAGCGCAUUCCUCAUGCUGUGUUCAGCCUGCUCAGCCUCCAGGAAUUGGACCUCAAGGAAAAUAAUCUGAAAUCUAUAGAAGAAAUUGUUAGUUUCCAACACCUGAGAAAGUUGACAGUGCUAAAACUGUGGCAUAACAGCAUCACCUAUAUCCCAGAGCAUAUAAAGAAACUCACCAGCCUGGAACGUCUGUCCUUUAGUCACAAUAAAAUAGAGGUGCUGCCUUCCCACCUCUUCCUAUGCAACAAAAUCCGAUACUUGGAGUUAUCGUACAAUGACAUUCGAUUUAUCCCACCUGAAAUUGGAGUUCUACAAAGUUUACAGUAUUUUUCCAUCACUUGUAACAAAGUGGAGAGCCUUCCAGAUGAACUCUAUUUCUGCAAGAAACUUAAAACUCUGAAGAUUGGAAAAAACAGCCUAUCAGUACUUUCACCGAAAAUUGGAAAUUUGCUAGUCCUUUCCUACUUAGAUGUUAAAGGCAAUCACUUUGAAAUCCUCCCUCCUGAACUGGGUGACUGUCGAGCUCUAAAGAGAGCUGGUUUAGUUGUGGAAGAUGCUCUGUUUGAAACUCUGCCCUCUGAUGUCCGGGAGCAAAUGAAAACAGAAUAACUUAUUUUUGUUUAAAGUUUGACUGAAACAUGCUUCUACCAAAUACAGUAUAAGUAAUUAGGUAGUCUUAAUGCCUUUCCUAUUUUAGUUUUUUUUUUUUUCUUUUCACAUGAAACAAAUGUACACAAAGAUUGAGUAAGGAGUAUGUAUUUUUUAAUAAAAAUUUAAUUGUAUUUUUUCAGUAUUAAUAUUUUAAAGUUUUAUUUGUCCUGGAACCUAAUGUAUCUAUUAUUGUUUUCUACUGACAGAAACAGAUGGUUCCAUCUGUUUUUUUGUUUUGUUUUGUUUGUGUUUUGUUUUUUUUUUUUUUUCCAGUUCAUUCUUAUGAUAGGGAGGGAAUUUUAGGUUGCAUGCAUUUUGGUAUUUUUUAAAUAGAUGAAGACAUUUUGCCAAGGUCAUUUUUAGCUUGUUUACACCUGUACGGUUCCUUGUUUUUGUUGUCACUGUGUGUAUACCAAGGAAUCUGUGCUAGUUCUUUUAAUACCAGCUGCCUUCUCCAUUGGCCAAGCCCUUCAUUCUAUAGAAAACUCUCCUUUGGAGUUUAAAUUCACAUAAGUGCAUUGUCACAGACUAUUAUUUUUUAAUUUUCUUCCCAACUCCAGCAGAACUCUAAAUUAUAUGAUUUCAUACACCUGACAGUUAAAGUUAUCUGUAGGCAAAGAUUUCGUAAGUGAGUAAAGACAAUAACCUUCUAUAGUUGGCAUGCUUGAAUUGGCCACUUAUAAUUCAAUUGAUUUCCAUUUUUACCAACAUUUAAAAAUAUUUAAAAACUAAAUACAGAGGACCCCACACACACACACCUUUAAUUUCAAUGUAGCCAUGUAGUACUGGUGAACAACCUUACAGAAGCUAGAUUUAUUUUAAUUAAGAUAAGUAAUUAAAUUUUAAAAUCAUAGAAUUACAAGCCUGGUUUGAGUAAUUUAAUCAUCUUUGAUAUCUUUACGUGUAGAUACAUCAGAUGGAAAAAAUUUCACUACUAAAGCAUUUAAGGAGCUGGUGCACGCCAGUCAGGCAGUGUGGCAGUGGAAUCUAUUCAAAUUCUGCCUGUUGCACAAAAUAAUCCAUUUAUACAUACAUAUAUAUAUAUAUAUUAAUCAAUUUUCCUCAAGUCUGCGAUUGCAAGUGAUGCAAGCACAGGAACUCUGCUCUUAUUAGCUUAAAAUAAGUAUCUCAUAUAAAAUGGUUCUGUUACUUUUUUAAAAAAUGUGAAUAAAUUGAUAAAUGGAUUUCACUUGGCAAUAAUCUUUGCCUGAUGGUCAGCAGAGCUUUCAUUUGUCUUUGUACUUAAAAAUUCAUCAUAGUAUGAAUCUUGGGCAAAAAUUUUCACUAAUUAUUAAGAUGUGGAACAGGAAAAUAAAAACACUAUUUGUGUCCUCAAUCCAGGACCAGUACUGUUGAUUAUGGAAUUUUGCUUUAUUUACCAAAUCACAUUGACCAUUUUCCAAGCCAUAGUCUCAUCUAAGAAAGUUCUGUGACUUAACAAUGAGAAAGUAGGAAGAUGAUUUUAAAAUUUACUCCUUGAUCCCGGUGACUUUGCUUAGGGCUGCUUUGAUUCAUAUAUGGAACAUAACUACAAGAACUACUCAGCAGAUAUAUGUACCUCGAUUGUGUUUUAAAUGUUACGAUACAUCAUAGGUUGAAGGAUUUGGUAAAGAGAGGCUUUUCAUUUAUUUAAUAAUCAAAUCAUGUAAACCAAAGUGCUUCACUAUUUCUGCCCUGUGUUAAAGUGUUAGAUUGGUGAUUUUGUAAAGCUGAUUUAUUUUGACCUGGAAUUGAUACGAUACGUUUAAAAUAGUAACAUGGUUAUAUUACUUAUAGGAUAAAAUAUUCAGUUCUAGAAUACUGUUGGGAUCUUGACUUUGAAUAAUGUGCUGUAUUUAGAAACAUAGCUCUAUCUGUUUUAAACAAAACAAACAAAAAUCUGGAAGACUGUUCAUAGCUGAGCAUAACAAAAUACCCUGUUGAAAGGUAAACUGAGAUAACUACUGGUAAAACACUGAGUGCACUAUUUUUUCCGUAUAAAAUAUAUAGUUAUUUUCUAUAUCACCCUUCAAAAGGGAUCUAUCAGGUUAAAAAUUAUAUUUAUGCUUAAGUCUUUAUCUGGUGUUAGCUCAUAAUCUCAUAUGGGUUCAUAAUUGAAGUAAGUCACUAAUAAUUAGUUUUUAUCACUUAUAACAAUUUGCUCGAACCUUCAGAAGAAUUUGAUUUACUUUCUUAAUGAUUUCUCAGGCUUACCCUUAACCUAUGUUCUAAAUAACAUCCAAUAAAUCAGUAUUAUUCUAUGACUUUAUGUUUUACCUAAAAAGGAAAAUUCAUAGAUGUUUCUAUUAGACUUUAUAAAAAUUCAAAAUACUCAAACAUUAUCUUGAAUCUAAAUUUUCUGAGUGGCCCUUUUUAAUAUUGUAGAUUUUGUUCACAUUCUUAAGUAAAAAGUAUUCAAUUACUAUUUAGCCUUUAAAUGGGAAACUCAGGUAAAUAAACUGCUGACUUUUCUAAGGUUCUUUAACGGAUCAACUCCAUAUAAAAAGAAUGUUUACCCUUUCUGUAUUUUACAAGUGCUUUUGCUAAAAAUGAACGACUAGCUCUAUUUCUCCAACCUAUAUCAGAUUCAUGAAAAACUGCUAUAUAUAUAUAUAAGCACCAUAUGUACUCAUAACUCCUAUGGCUGCUUGAAGACCAUAACGGGUAUGCUUUUUGGUCAGUUUUAAUGGUUAAGUGUAGAACAGUCUGGUAGAACAGUCUGGUUGAAACAGAACAUAUAAGUGUAUACCAGUGGGACUCUCCUAAAAAGACCAUGCUUCGGAAAACUAGUUAUGUUUUGAGUUUUCAUUUUGUUUUAUAUUUAACACACACUUUUAAUAUAAAGUUUUUUGAUACAGUGAAACCUGUUAUUUACAAUUGUAAAGUCUUCUUAUUGUUCACCCACUUUGUUCCCUGCCAUUGCAUUUCCCGUAGAGCUAUUUUAAUGAGUUCUAACAAUUUACAUGGCAUCCUGCUUUUUUUCAGAAAAGCAUGGAAAAUAUGCCUGCAAGGAGUAUUUUGUUUAUUUAGAAGUGAUUCCUUCCUUAUCUGUUUCUCAAGCCAUCUUUGUAGAGAGGGGCUUGAACAACCUAGAAUCUUCCUUGGGUUACUUGAGAUGAGGAAAGUGCAAAUUCUUGCAAUGUGCUCUCAUGAUUUCUGAUACUGAGAAGACAAAAAUCUUUAUAUCUUUUCUUGUCAUUUCCCCCAAGAGGAGUUUUGCUGUUAUUUAUUUCCCUAAUUCUACUGUAAGAAAAGUCCAUUUUUAAAUAGUUUCUUUUACUCUCUAAUUUCAUACCAAAUGCCUGAUCCAUAGUAAUGAUAUGUUUACUUAAACAGUGAACAUUCAUAAUCCAUCUUUAUGAAAACUGUCAGCAGUACUUAGCAGAUAGAUGAGACAAAUUCCAGUAUAAUUUCAAUUUGUAUUUAGAGACUAAGAUUCAAUUCAGAUUUUCCUAUUAAUACUGAAUGUGAUAAUGCUAUUCAAACAGUUCACAUUUGGGCAGGAUCUCAGUAACUCAGGGUAGGGAUCCAUACUAACCUGAAGUGAGCAAAACAGCACAGUCAGUGGUGAGGGGGAUUUUGUCAUCUUUCCUUGUCUAUUCAGACACUUUACAAGAAAGCUUGGAUAGUCUCAACCAGACCUACCACUGAGUUUUUAGAGUUAGGCCGCAGCGACAUGCUUCUAAUACAGUUUUGUACCAGCCUUCCACACCAAGGAUCCACUCUCACUCCGCCUUCCAAAGCCAUCCACUGAUAAAGGCAACAUCCUUAAGCUCAUUUUAGGAAGAGGGAAGAGGGUCUCUUGCCCCAAGGAUUUUUUUUUUUAAUCAGAAGACCUCGACAAGGGGUAUGUAACUUGGAAAACCCUAAUUUCUUAGCCAUAUUAAUAGUUCCUACACAUGGUUUUUAAUGUAGUAUAAUUUGCUUUCUGCUGAAUAUCUUUCCCUCUCCUGCCUCAUCUUACCUCUUUUCAUGAAUAUUUUUACUGGGUUUCAAACUCAAUGCCUUAUGUGCUCUCAGUUUUCCUUCUGCCACUUGUUUUCUCUCACCGCCUGUAUGUGUGCAGAUUGUGUCAAAUGCUGGCAAAUCUCUAAGACUGUCAAGAAAAUGCUUAAAAGUUGAUUUGUCAUCGUGCAAAUUCAUGAUAAAAUGUCUUAAUGUUAUUUGGCUACAUAGUACAUAGGAAUAAAAAAAUAAAGUCUUUUUGUUAUUUAAAAUUGA